AUGCGCGUAUUGCCUUUGUCGCUGUCUCUUGCUCUCGCGGUUCUGUUCCUCGUGGAACCUUCCGUGGCUUAUCCAUAUGCUAAACCAGCCAGCUCUUCUCGUCGGCGUGGUGACUCUGAAUAUCGGGCCGAUGCAGUCAAGGAGGCGUUCCAGCACGCAUGGAAUGGGUACAAGAAAUAUGCCUUUCCCCAUGACGAACUGCAUCCGGUAUCGGAUGGUUAUGGCGACUCAAGGAAUGGCUGGGGCGCUUCUGCAAUCGAGGCUCUUUCGACAGCUCUUGUGAUGCGGAAUGAAGAAGUGGUCAAUCAGGUUCUGGACUUUGUCCCUAGCAUUGAUUACACCAAGACGGAGUCAAUGGUCAGUCUUUUCGAGACUACCAUCCGCUAUCUGGGUGGCAUGCUAUCGGGUUAUGACCUGCUCAAGGGACCUCUUGCGGACAUGGCCACCGAUCCAGCCGCGGUGGACGUACUCCUAACGCAGUCUAAGAACCUAGCUGAUGUGCUGAAGUUUGCCUUCGAUACCCCCACGGGUAUUCCUUAUAAUAAUAUCAACAUCACUUCUCGGGGAAAUGACAACUCGUCGACGAACGGUCUUGCCACGACCGGUACACUAAUCCUCGAGUGGACUCGUCUGUCAGACUUAACGGGGGACACUGAAUACGCUGAGCUUGCCCAAAAGGCAGAGUCAUACCUGCUUGACCCGCAACCAAGAGCCUUGGCUGAGCCCUUCCCCGGCCUCGUGGGGAGCGAUAUCGACAUUGCCACGGGCCAGUUCCAAGACGGCUCGGUUAGCUGGGGCGGCGGCGACGACUCCUUCUACGAGUAUCUUCUGAAGAUGUACGUGUACGACCCGGAGCGGUUCGAAUCAUACAAGGAUAGAUGGGUAGAAGCAGCGGAAUCCACAAUGGAACAUUUAAAAUCUCACCCAUCUUCUCGCCCCGAUCUGACCUUCCUGGCAACAUACGACAAUGGAAGCUACGGGCUAUCCUCUCAGCAUCUCACCUGUUUCGAUGGUGGAAGCUUCCUGCUCGGAGGCGCCGUUUUGGACCGCAGUGACUUUGUUGAUUUCGGCCUGGAACUGGUGAACGGAUGCCAUGAUACGUACACGCAGACAGUGACGGGUAUCGGGCCGGAAGAGUUUAGCUGGGACUCGAGCGCCGUCCCCGCUAACCAGGAACCCUUUUACGAAAAGGCCGGUUUCUAUAUCCUGGAUGGGGGGUAUGUGCUGAGACCCGAGGUCCUCGAAAGCAUCUACUACGCCUAUCGCAUUACGGGGGACGAAAGGUACCGCGAUUGGUCUUGGGAGGCAUUCGUUGCGAUCAACGCCACCUGUCGAACCGACUCGGGGUUUUCGGGCAUCACGGACGUCAAUGCAGUCGACGGCGGAUCGAUGGAUGAUAACGAGGAGAGCUUCCUCUUUGCCGAGGUGAUGAAAUACGCGUACUUAAUUCAUGCUCCUGACGAUGAAUGGCAGGUCAAGCCAGGUGAUAGCAACACUUGGGUUUUUAACACGGAGGCACAUAUCCUGGCUGCUGCUUGA